AUGGAUCUCCAGACUUCUUCACAUCAAGUUUUCACCAUCCACGAGGAUGCUAUAACAUGGCAAAGGCGGUUUAACAAGGCAAGGCCUAUUUCUGUAUGCAGUGAGAGUUGCAGUCCUGGUUCAAGCAAGAAAAUGAAGGAGGGGGAGACAUUUUGUUGCUACGAUUGCACUCCCUGUCCAGAAGGGAAGAUUUCAGACCAGAUAGAUAUGAAUGACUGUUUUAAAUGUCCAGAUGAAUAUUAUCCCAACAAAAAACAGGAUUUAUGUAUUCUGAAGGAAACAAGCUUCUUGUCUUAUGAAGAACCUUUGGGGAUCAGUUUAGCCACUUUUUCUCUUUCCUCUUCAAUCAUCGCAGCUCUGGUGCUAGGGACGUUUCUGAAGCACCACAACACUCCCAUUGUCAAAGCCAACAAUCGGGACCUUACCUACAUGCUCCUCCUGUCCCUCCUACUCUGCUUCCUUUGUGCAUUGUUAUUCAUUGGACAGCCUCAGAAGGUGACAUGUCUUCUGCGACAACCUGUUUUUGGCAUCAUCUUCUCAGUGGCUGUUUCUUGUGUGCUGGCAAAAAUGAUCACAGUGAUUCUGGCUUUCAUGGCCACCAAACCAGGAUCCAGGAUGAGGAAAUGGGUGGGGAGGAGGCUGGCCAACUCCAUUGUGAUUUCCUGCUCCUUUAUUCAAGCAACCAUUUGUAUUAUGUGGUUGGCAUUUUCUCCCCCAUUCCCAGAUGUCGAUAAACACUCUAUUUACGGAGAAAUUGUUCUAGAAUGCAAUGAGGGUUCUGUAACUAUGUUUUACUGUGUCCUGGGUUACAUGGGCUUUCUGGCUAUGGCCAGUUUCAGUGUGGCUUUCCUUGCCAGGAAGUUGCCCGACAGUUUCAAUGAAGCCAAGUUCAUCACUUUCAGCAUGUUGGUCUUUUGUAGUGUUUGGUUAUCCUUUAUUCCCUCCUACCUAAGCACUAAAGGAAAAUACAUGGUAGCUGUGGAGAUCUUUUCCAUCUUAGCCUCCAGUGCUGGGGUGCUGGGGUGCAUCUUUUCCCCUAAAUGUUAUAUCAUUGUUUUAAGGCCUGAACUGAAUGAUAAGGAACAGUUUAUAAGACGAAAGGCUGGAUGA